AAUGGAAAUAUUUUUAAUAGUCCAAUGUAAAUCACUUUCCAAAUUUGACACGUUUAAAAUUGGUAGUAGUAAUUAUAUAAUUAAGAAAACGUGAUUAACCUUUACCGUGUCUUUUCAUACGGUAGGAUAUGUAGGCCCUUCCUUCCAAUAGCAGCCCCUUUGUCAACGACCCAAUAUUAAAAUCAGUCAUAACCUUUAUAACUGCAUAUUUUUUUCUCACUGAAAUUUUUGAGUGCUAAAUUCUUUUCACAGUUUCUUGGUUUAAUUUUCUGUUGAUGCAAAUAUGGAUACUGAAUCAGUGAUUGAGUUCUUGGGUGACGUGCCAUUGUUGCAGAGGUUGCCUAGUUCUUCGCUCAGAAAAAUUGCCCAACUAGUCAAGGUUAAACAUUAUGAUCGUGGAGAUUAUGUUAUCCGCGAAGGGGAAGCCGGGGAUGGAAUUUACUUCAUAUGGGACGGAGAGGCUGAAGUCUCUGGUUUCAGCCAAGCUGAUGAUGAAAAUCGUCCUGAAUUCCAGCUGAAACAGUUUGAUUAUUUUGGUCAUGGUUUGGCAACAUCUACACAGCCUGCUGAGGUGAUCGCAUUGUCUAAGCUGACCUGCUUAGUGCUGCCUCAUGAGCAUAAUUAUCUGCUCCAGCCCAAAUCAAUUUGGAAUGCAGACAAAGAAAGAGAUACAUGCCCACUUGUGGAGCACAUAUUGCACUUGGAGCCUAUUGAGGUGAACAUUUUCCAAGGUAUAACAUUGCCAGAGGCCCCUAAAUUUGGGAAAGUGUUUGGAGGUCAGUUUCUUGGGCAGGCAUUGGCUGCAGCGUCAAAAACUGUUGAUUUUCUCAAAAUAGUUCAUAGUAUGCAUGCCUACUUCCUUCUUGUUGGGGAUUUUGACAUUCCAAUCAUAUAUCAAGUUUACCGUGUACGUGAUGGAAAGAGCUUUGCUACACGGAGGGUGGACGCGAUUCAGAAAGGGAAUGUCGUUUUCACGUUGAUAGCUUCAUUUCAGAAAGAUGAAGACGGAUUUGAUCACCAGGAAGCCAUAAUGCCUAAUGUGCCUGAUCCAGAAACGCUUUUAUCAAUGGAAGAUUUGAGAGAAACGCGCAAGACUGAUCCUCGGCUUCCCAGGACAUACCGAAAUAAGGUUGCUACUGCAAAUUUUGUACCCUGGCCAAUAGAAAUUAGGUUUUGUGAACCUAAUAAUGCCACUAAUCACACCAAGUCUCCUCCAAGCUUGAGAUAUUGGUUCAGAGCAAAAGGAAAACUUUCAGAUGACCAGGCUUUACAUAGAUGUGUUGCGGCAUAUACAUCAGAUCUAAUCUUUCUCACUGUCAGUCUGAAUCCUCAUCGAAAGAAGGAUUUCAAGACAACUUCUGUUAGUCUGGAUCAUUCGAUGUGGUUCCACAGACCUUUGAGAGCUGAUGAUUGGAUAUUGUUUGUGAUCCACAGUCCGGCUGCUUAUAAUGCACGUGGCUUUGUGUCAGGCCAAAUGUUUAAUAGGAAGGGAGAGCUUGUAGUGUCAUUGACUCAAGAGGGUUUAUUGAGGCCAGGGAGAAAACCACCUGCAUUUCGUCCAAAGCUCUAAUUCAUGCCUGGGAAAAGAGGACUAGUUACUAUAGGUUGAUUAACAGUAAAACUGCAGACUGCUCAAAUAAGUCCUAUAGAGGCCGCAAAGGAGAAUAAAGAUUUCUGCUUAACUUGUGAACUCGCCCAGAUAUGAUUGUAUCUAUAUUUUAUAG